GACAACCCGCCGCGCCCGGCACAUGGCGCUCGGCCCUUCCCGCCCGCGCCGCGGCGGCAGAUUGAAAUAUCAUGGACAGAAGAUAGCGUGGGUGAUGUGGUUCCCUGGAGCUCCUCCAGCGCUUCAAUUUUAACAUGGAUAAGUGUAAGCACAUCGGGCGCCUGCGCCUGGCCCAAGAUCAUUCCAUCCUGAAUCCCCAGAAGUGGCACUGCGUGGACUGCAACAGCACGGACUCCGUGUGGGCCUGCCUCAGCUGCUCGCACGUGGCCUGCGGCAGGUACAUCGAAGAGCAUGCACUGAAGCACUUUCAGGAGAAGGGGCACCCGGUGGCGUUGGAAGUAAACGAGCUCUACGUUUUCUGCUAUCUCUGUGAUGAUUAUGUUCUUAAUGAUAACGCGACUGGAGACCUCAAGCUGUUGCGCAGCACGUUAAGCGCCAUCAAGAGCCAGAACUAUGAGUGCACAACCCGGAGCGGGAGGACUCUGCGGUCCAUGGGUACGAGCGAUGACUCCUACCCUUCGCCCGGCGGGGCCCAGGCCCUGCUCCGGCAGGAGGACCGCAUGUUCACGGCGCUCUGGCACAGGAGGCGGGCGCUCAUGGGCAAAAUAUUCAGGUCGUGGCUCGCGUUGACACCUAGUGGAAAAAAGAUUUUGGAAGAAGAAAAGCGCUGGGAAGAAGCGGAGAGGAAAAGGGACGAUGCUAGGAAGAGAAGACAGGAGCGAAAGCGUCAGUUAAAGGCAGAGAUGGAAAAGAUGCCUCCAAGAAAGAGCCGUCGUUUACAAAAUCAAAGCAAAAUGUUCUCAAAAACAGCACCUUGCAGGCCAGAAACAUCUCGGCGUGAAGAAUCAGUGGCAGAGUUGAAAGAAACGUAUACCUCAAAUGCAGUAAGAUUGAAAAAAAUAAGUAACUCUCCAAUUAAACGACGGCCCACGGUGACUCCUGGUGUAACAGGACUAAGAAACCUGGGAAAUACUUGCUAUAUGAAUUCUAUCCUGCAGGUAUUAAGUCACUUACAUAUUUUUCGUGAAUGCUUUUUAAAGCUCGAUCUCAGCCAAACUCAGGAACUGCUGGCAACAGCUGCCAAUGGUAAAACGAGAUCUUCAUCUAAACAGCCUUCAGCUAGUGCCUCAGCAUUACAUGUGAAUGACAACCAUGAGAAAGUAAAGAGAUCAUCCCUGUCCAUGAGGCGACCCAGUUUAUCUUCUGGAUUAAGUGGAGGAGCAUCAAAAAGCAGAAAUAUGGAACUUAUUCAGCCCAAGGAGCCAAGCUCAAAACAUAUUUCUCUUUGUCACGAGCUACAUACUCUGUUCCAAGUUAUGUGGUCUGGCAAGUGGGCACUGGUAUCUCCUUUUGCCAUGCUCCACUCUGUAUGGAGACUAAUCCCAGCCUUCAGGGGAUAUGCCCAGCAGGAUGCUCAGGAAUUCCUCUGUGAACUUUUGGAUAAAGUGCAGCAGGAACUGGAGACCACGGGGACCCGAUACCCAGCUCUCAUCCCCGCAUCUCAAAGGAAACUUAUAAAACAGGUUUUGAAUGUGGUUAACACCAUUUUUCAUGGUCAGCUCUUAAGUCAGGUUACAUGCCUUGCCUGUGACAAUAAAUCCAAUACUGUAGAGCCGUUCUGGGACCUGUCCCUGGAGUUUCCGGAGAGGUAUCACUGCAACGGCAAGGAGAUGGCGGCCCAGCAUCCCUGUUUGCUGACAGAAAUGCUCUCCAAGUUUACAGAAACCGAAGCUUUGGAAGGGAAGAUCUAUGCGUGUGAUCAGUGCAACACAAAACGCAGGAAGUUUUCUUCUAAACCAGUUAUACUCACAGAAGCUCAGAAGCAGCUUAUGGUGUGUCGGCUACCUCAGGUUCUCAGAUUGCACCUUAAACGGUUUCGGUGGUCGGGACGCAAUCACCGGGAGAAGAUCGGCGUGCACGUGGCUUUCGAGCAGAUGCUGAACAUGGAGCCCUUCUGCUGCCGGGAGUCCCCGCGCGCCCUGCUGCCCGAGUGCUUCAUCUACGAGCUCUCGGCCGUGGUGAUGCAUCACGGCAAGGGCUUCGGCUCGGGCCACUACACGGCCUACUGCUUCAAUUCGGAGGGAGGGUUCUGGGUACACUGCAACGAUUCCAAACUCAACAUGUGCACUAUUGAGGAGGUCUGCAGAGCUCAGGCCUACAUUUUGUUCUACAGCCAGCGACUCUCUCAGGAAGGCGAACAGGGUCAAGCGCCGCGUCCCAGCACGGCUGCACCCCCGCAGCCCGCACGGCCGCCUGGCUGCUCCGCACAGCGCGGCAGCACCUAAGCCAAAGGCCAUCCACUGUGUGUAUGGGGAAAAAAAUAACUCUCAGAACUAUAUAUUUUUCUAAAAAGUGAAAUGCAAGUACGAUUAUUGGACUUUUUUUUWAAACUUUGAGUCUGUACAAUGUCUGUAUACUUUUAUAUUGGCUAAAGUACUCUUUACAAUUGUUAGUAAAAUUUUUAUUGACAAUAAGUAACUGUAUAAGUUCCUAGAAUUUCAAUUCAGCUAUUUUUUUAAUGAAAAAAARGRAAAAAAAAAAAAMCAAAAAUAGAGAUUGCCAUUUGCAUUUAACUUUUACCUCAGGCUGUUUUUUUGUAUUUGGGAAUCUUUUUGAAUUGGUUUAGAAAAAUAACUUUCAACAAGCAACUGAUUUUUUUUUUCAGGUUUAUUUUCUCUACAUGCUUGUGUACAUUUUAUAGUUUAGUUCUAAUGAUAUCAUGACUCAUGUCUGCAGGAACUGCUACUAGAUAAUAGAAUAUUAACAUCCACCAGCAAAGUGUCUUUUACACGUCAGUGGGUAACUGAACUUUUCUUAGGAAACUCUGUUCUACGUGACUCAGAUGAAAGUAGUUCUCAAGCUUUUCCCCACGGCCUAAAGAGAGCUACACUAAAGAUACACUUUGAUAGAAAUUCUUGAAAAAAUGAAAUUAAGGAAAUAGAGCAUGUGCUUAUUUGAGUGUAAGUAUUUAAGCAGGAGUGGUUUUAUAGCACAAGAACAUAUGUUUACUAAGACUUCAGUGUUUUAGCCUUAAUCAGUUUGACAAUUUAAAAUUCAAGUGCCAAAUUCCAAGAACUACCUUUGACACCUAGGGGCUUUUUMUUCCAAGAACUUGCAGAGCUUUCUUCAAAGCAGCUCCGGGAAGGUUAGUGCCUCCCUCGUGCAUCAGAGGAGCCUGCCCGGACGCGGAGCGGCUCCGUCCGCUUCAGGACUCCCCAGCACAAACUGGUGGAAAGAAACUGUCCCGGUCGGCUGAGAUACUUUAACCAGGGCUUUGGCUUCGUCUGCUGCAGCUGCUGUUGUUCUCCACCCUCCUACCACGAGCAUUAAGGGAUCUGUGCAGUGGGAGAAUGCAACAAGCCUGAACUGUCUGUUUUUCU